ACCACCACCACCACCACCACCACCGAAAAGACACCAACGAUGUCCGACCACCAACCACCACCACCCAGCACCCCCGCACCGCCGCAAAAGCGCCGCCGCCUCUCCGCCAGCUCAACACUGAAGAAACCAUUCCGCUCGCCGCUGCUGAGCCGUCGCCCGGAGGGCGCACCCGCACCCGCUUCGCCGCAAUUUACUCUCCCACCUUCAACACCCACUUCCAAACCCGCCUCCACCCCCUCCAAGCCCCCCGCCACCCCCGGCCCCCCAACCAAAAAAACCUCCUUCACAGCGCCCACAUCCACCGCCUCCCCCCUCCUUACACCCCGCACGCCCCGCCGCCCCCUCUUCCCCACCCCCCGCCCCAACACCCCCAACACCCUCCGCUCCAACCCUUCCAGCGACCCCCUCUCAGCCGCCCAAAAAGAACAUACCGGCCUUCUCACCCGCAUCCGCAGCACCAAGCAAGUCCAAGAAACCGUUUCCCAAGCCCUGUCCCUCGAGGCGAACCCAGCAGGGGACGCAGCCCUCACCGCCUCGAUCCGCAAAUGGCGUGUCAUCGCCCGCGCAGCCGCCGAGGCGCUGUUCGCGAUUGCUGCGGAUAAGGUGCAUGCGCUUGGCUGGGGGUGGGAUGAGGAUAAGAGGGGUGGCGGGGGAGGGGGGGAAGAGGAGGAGGGGGAUGGGGAUGAGGGUAUUGGCGGAGAGGAUGAGAAGGCUGCUGACGAGGCUAAAAGGAACGAUACUGAGGAGUGGGGGAUGGGGUUGAUGCUGAAGACGCUGGGGAUUCCGGAGAAGAUGCUGGGGUGGGAUAGGCACGCGGAUUGUUGGGUGGAUCUGGAGGAGAUGGAUAUCUGAUUUGAUGGGCAUGGAUGGGCAACGAUGGGACAGGGUGAAGGGGCGUUUUGACGGGAUGGCUUUUCGGAUUUGAUUUGAUGCAUACAACAUACAACAUACAGCGUUGGGAUGAGACAGUGGGCAUUUGCGAGGGCGUUGAUUUGGUGUUUUUUUCUUUACUCUGUUGCGGCCUACCUAUCGAUACUUGAUACUUGUACUCUGCAUUUCGGACUGGUAAUGGAU